AUGUCUUGCGAGGCAGCCUCCACAAAUUCACGUUUUGUGUGGCCGUUGGUGACGUCAUCCCUACUUGUGCUCCUCCUCCUGCCGGCUGCCGGCCAGAAAAAACUCUUCUGCUACUACGGCAGCGAGUCACAGUACCGGACGUACCCGGGUAGAUUCAUGCCGGACAACAUUGACGUCACACUUUGCACGCACGUCAUUUUCGCUUUUGCUGACAUCAGGGACAACAAGCUGACGUCACAGAACUGGAAUGAUCUGGGCACUACAGGUCUGUAUACCCAAGUGACAAGGCUCAAAACCACCCGACCCUCCCUGAAGAUCCUGCUGGCCGUGGGAGGGUGGGUGGCGGGGUACAGGCCCUUUGCCCCGGCCGUCAGGACCAACAAGAGCAUGACGGAGUUUGUCGACAACGUCAUCAGCUACCUGAGGGGGUACGGCUUUGACGGGUUGGACAUGGACUGGGAGUUCCCGGGGGUCAGGGGCAGCCCCCCGGCCGACAAACACGCCUUCACGAGGCUGAUGAAGCUGAUGUACAACAAGUUUCUAGAAGAAUCCAUCAAGUCUGGCAGAGAGCGUCUCUUGCUGACAAUGGCGGCGGCUGUAGGGAUCGCCUUCAUAGAGGCGGCUUAUGAGGCUACGGAGAUACACAAGUACGUGGACUACAUGCUGCUGAUGACGUACAACUUCCAUGGCGGCUGGGACAACUUCACGUCCCAUCAUAGCACGAUGUUUCCUGGUCAGUUUGAUCAGGGGGAGGACAGGUGGCUGUGUCAGAACUGGGCUCUCAACUACUGGCUGUUUAUGGGAGUACCGAGGUCCAAAAUACUUUUAGGUGAGUCGAUGUUUUUAUUGAGGUCCAAAAUACUUUUAGGUGAGUCCAUGUUUUUACCGAGGUCCAAAAUACUUUUAGGUUUGGCCACCUACGGGAUGACCUUCACCCUAGUGGACGAGAAAAACAAUGGAUUGCGUGCCCCUGCUCUAGGGGGAGGUAACGGCGGCAGAUACACGAGACAGAACGGAAUUCUGGCAUUCUAUGAGAUCUGCGAGAACCUGCAGCACCAUAACUGGACGAACCAUUGGAUCGAGGACCAGCAAGUGCCCUACACCACCAAGGGAGAUCAGUGGGUCGGGUACGAUGACGUCAAGAGUAUCAGGAUUAAGGCCGAGCGAUUAAUUAACGGCUAUGGAUUGGCUGGGGCGUUCGUCUGGUCAGUGGAGCUGGACGAUUUCAAUGGCUACUGCGGGGGUGGCAAGUAUCCCCUUCUUCGAGCAAUUAAUGACGUCAUUCGACCACGUAACCAAUCUGGAGCAGAACUGCCUGAACCAGUGUUUACUCAGCCCCAGCUCCCCACCCCCGUGUCCCCCUCGGCCAAGUGUCAACAACUGGGUACUGGCCUGUACAAACAUGAGCCCAGCUGCCGCUGGUACAUCAUCUGCACACAGGUCGCUGGGGUCUGGGGUCUACGUACAGGACACUUACAGCUGUCCUGA